GACCCCUGCUCAUCUUGACGAUGCUGGCUAUGCUGCAUCUCCACUCAGUCGCGUCGCCGCCGCCCCCGCCGCAGCCGGUCCUCUGUCCUUCGAAGGGAGGCACGAUCAGCGGCCUUGGCUCCGACGAAAAGCACAUCGUCCGCCUUCCAGCCGACGCACCGACCAAUCAGGAGAAAUGGAUGUUGACAAACGACUCGAAAAUCAAGGGCUCGUUCACCGGUGAGUACUUGCAGGUCUUGCCCGAUGACCGCGAUGAGUACAACGAUAUCUACGGACAGGGCAGCUUCACGAUGACGGGCCUCGAUUUUGCCUUCACCGUCGAGAAGACGGGCAUGCACACACUCUUCCUGCGUUGGGCGGGCGGUGACAUGGGCGGCGGAAGCGACUCGCUGUAUGCCGUGGUGCGCCGCGACGACACGGACGCUAUCGUUCCCGGACCCGACAUGUUCAAGCCGAAGCGGAUCGGCAUUGCGGACAACCCGGGCCAGUACCUGGGUUGCUGCUACCACCACGCGACACACGAGUGCCCCUGCUACACGCCCGACAUGAGGCCGGAGAGCUGCGAGGAAGAAGGCGGCUACUGGGCGGAAGCCGCGGGGGCCAAGAGAUGGGGCGCGACCUGCAUCGCUCCGAAAGGUGAGAUGGAGGCGGUCCGGAAGCCUCUCUGGUACCUCUUCGCCGGGCAGGACCCCGACCACGAGUCAGGCGCCGGGGCGCAAUCGACGCUGAUGGACUUCGACUCGCCGCCCUGGGACUCGACCUGCGAGGCAGCCUCCACCGCGACCAAGGACUCGGGGAUGGACUUCGCGCAGUGGCAGCUGAAGGCCGGCGACAUCUACCACCUCGUGCUCUACCCGCGCGAGGACGGGACCGCCGUCGACGCCUUCCAGCUCGUCCCUCCCGGAGGCACGCCGCCCGCGCGCGACACCAGGCUCAAGCCGGGCGACACCACCCUCGACUGCCCGGGCGGGCCGCGCUUCACCAGCCCUGUCGACAGCCCCGGCGCCGACGUCAAGCACCACGAGCACGACAAGGCCGGCUGGGGCCACCGCGGGGACGGCGACGCCAAUCUCAAGUGCGGCGCCUGCCUCGAGCCGCUCACCGAUUUGAGCAAGUGUCCGACGCCCGAGCAGCUCUUUGCGAUGCCAACCUGCGACAACGUGACCGAGGGCGAGAUGUGCGAGGCGGACGGCGAGUGCGGCACCGACUCGGGCGGCGGUGUCAACGUCGCCGCGCUCGUCGUCUCCCUCCUCCUCGUCGCCGCCCUGCUCGCCGGCUACGUCCACCUCUCCCGCAAGACCCACGGGGGCGCGGUCGUCCUCCCGUGGAACUGGCACAAGGUGACGCGCACCGGGGCCGCCCACUCCGCCGACCCAAUCGUCCGCUCGUGCGUUUCGACCGUCUACGCAGCUCCGUACGCCGCCCCCAGCUGCCCGCUCUCCACGGCGGCGGUGCCUUCCGCGGCCUCGGCCACGGCCCUCCCCGCGGCGGGGGCUGGUGGCGCCACCACGUACGGCCUCGCCAGGGACGUUCGCGUCGCGCCGGCCUGA